UCAGCCCUGUAGCGUCAGGAUUGCGUCAAUUCGGGUUUCAGCCACGUCUGGAGUCUCGGAGCCGAGCUUCUCAGAAGAGCCAAAACAGGAACGGAGGUGGCAAAUCACUGUGCGAGGGCGAACGGACCUCCCUCUUCGCCUCCUCCCUGUUCCAGGCGCAGGUCUCCUGAGCUCAGCGCUGUUGUUUUCAGCACUCGGGAAAGCCGGCGCUUCAGAUCCAAGCAAGUGAAUCAAGCCAGGGAGUUUUCCGUUCAGCACCUCGGACAGAGCACGCAGCAAAAAAUGGCUCCUAUAGCUACCAGCAGAGAAGAAUUUGAUGAAAUCCCCACUGUGGUGGGGAUCUUCAGUGCAUUUGGCCUGGUCUUCACAGUCUCUCUUUUUGCAUGGAUAUGUUGUCAGAGAAAAUCUUCCAAGUCUAACAAGACACCUCCUUACAAGUUUGUGCAUGUGCUCAAAGGAGUUGAUAUAUACCCUGAAAACCUGAAUAGCAAAAAGAAGUUUGGGGCAGAUGACAAAAAUGAAGCAAAGAAUAAGCCGGCUGUGCCUAAGCACUCCUUGCAUCUUGAUCUUGAGAAGAGAGAUCUCAAUGGUAAUUUUCCAAAAACAAACAUCAAAGCUGCCAGCCCAUCUGAUUUGGAGAAUGUGCCCCCGAAGCUCUUUUUAGAAGGAGAAAAAGAGGCAGUUUCCCCUGAUAGCUUAAAGUCCAGCACUUCUGUUACUUCAGAAGAGAAACAAGAGAAGCUGGGAAUUCUCUUCUUCUCUUUAGAGUACAACUUUGAGAAAAAAGCAUUUGUGGUAAAUAUCAAGGAAGCCCGUGGUUUGCCAGCCAUGGAUGAGCAGACAAUGACCUCCGACCCAUACAUCAAAAUGACGAUCCUCCCAGAGAAGAAACACAAAGUGAAAACCAGAGUGCUGAGGAAAACCUUGGACCCAGCCUUUGAUGAGACCUUUACGUUCUACGGGAUCCCCUAUACCCAGAUCCAAGAGCUGACCUUGCACUUCACGAUUUUGAGUUUUGACAGGUUUUCAAGAGAUGAUAUCAUUGGGGAAGUCCUUAUUCCUCUCUCAGGAAUUGAAUUAUCUGGUGGGAAAACGUUAAUGAACAGAGAGAUCAUCAAGAGAAACGUUAGGAAGUCUUCAGGAAGGGGCGAAUUACUGAUCUCUCUUUGCUAUCAGUCCACCACAAAUACUCUCACUGUGGUUGUCUUAAAAGCUCGACACCUACCUAAAUCUGAUGUGUCUGGACUUUCAGAUCCCUACGUCAAAGUGAACCUGUACCAUGCCAAAAAGAGAAUCUCCAAAAAGAAGACUCAUGUGAAGAAAUGCACCCCCAAUGCUGUGUUCAACGAACUGUUUGUUUUCGAUAUUCCUUGUGAGGGUCUUGAAGAAAUAAGUGUUGAAUUUCUGGUUUUGGAUUCUGAAAGGGGAUCUCGAAAUGAGGUGAUAGGGAGGUUGAUCCUUGGUGCCACAGCAGAAGGAAGCGGUGGAGAGCACUGGAAGGAGAUCUGUGACUACCCCAGGAGGCAAAUCGCCAAAUGGCAUAUGCUCUGUGAUGGUUAGCAUCCUGGCCAUGACUUAGAACUGAAGCAUUUUUAUUAGACAAGGAGAAAUUUUCUUUCUAUCUGUUAACGUGAUUGCAAGCUUGUGACAGCAAGCUACCUUUUUUGUUAGGUAUGGAUUGAACCAGUAGUCAGAGACGAACUGUAAAUGUGUAUCAUGACAAUUCCCCCCUUUUAUUAGAGAUAUUGGAUAAAUUUUCAUAAGAUAUUCAAUUUCCCCUGUGAAUCACCAGUGACAGAAAAGGAAGUAGUCAAGCAUUUUGUGAAUACUGCGUAAGAGUUUCAAGUUAUGGUUGUGGUUUAGAAGGAGAUGAUCUCAUUGGAACAUGUCACUGGAUGUCCAUGUGAUUGUUAAGAUUUAAAUGUAAAAAGCAUGCCUUCUCUUAUGAAAAUUCAUCCAUUUCUCUGCAGGUUGGGGAAACCAACUUUUCUUUAAAUCCAAAGAUAUUAAAGAAAUGUUCUAUAGUUUGUUAUUGAUUAUGUCAUGUGCAUAUGAUUGUCCUGCAUAUAAAAAUAUCUGGUCAUUUCUCUUCAAUUUUUAAUUAUUUGAUACAGUUUUUAUCAUAACAGAAAUAACUUAGGUUCAUUUUAAAAAGACAGUGAACAAGCUGAGAAAUCACUUUAUCAAAGGGCUGAAUUGAGAAUACUGUGGCUGAAAUAUGGUUUUUCUUCUGCUUAGGUUACAUGUGAGUCAAAUGUUGUAAAAUAUAACCUCACAUAAGAACCAUGGCCUUGAAUUAUUCACUGCCUGUCACAAGCCUCACUGUGGCCUAAGAAACCCCUAUUCCCUUCGUAAAGUUGUUGAAUUAGCUAGUGGAUACAGAUUUAAAGUUCAGCUAGAAAUCCAGUUAGAAACAAAAUUUUCUUAUAGGAAAUGUGUACAGUGUGCAAGUGUACUUUCAAGGCCAUCCUCUGUACCCAGAGUGAGCAUGACCACCUAAUUAUUCAUUUAAUUUAUUCUUUGCCAGAAAUAACUAAGCUACUAUUUGAAAAGAAGGAAAAAAGUCUUUGAAGGUUUGUACAUUGCCAGAUAGAAAGUGUUAUUUAAACCAACAAACUAACAAGCUAAGUAAUAUGGCUUAAAAAUAGUUAAAGAGCAAGCCUAAUAUAAUUUACGUAUGUUCACACAAAAUAUACUUAGGCAGUCAAAUUAGCAGAACAAAGUAUGUGUUUUACUUAUCUUUUCUAGGCUAAUUUGUCUUGAGCUCUUAUCUGUAGAACAGUUUACAGACUUGUAUCUUGUACCAUUUUCCAGUGUCAGGAUCCUAAAAUUCAUUCAAAACCUAUUACAGGAAAGCAGCACCCUAUGAUUCUUUAGAAAGAAUCAACUCAAAGGCAAUGCACUAUAUUUGGAUUUUUAGUGAAGUAUGAGUGAAACUUGGGUACAGUUGAAUUAUUAAAUAUGCAAGUUAGAAAAAAGUCUACUGAAAAUGUACAUUUUUGAGUCAGGUUUUGUGUCAGUACUUUAGCAGAUUUUGAGAAUGUGUUUGAUAUCACAGUGUUUGUAAAAUUCUAUGAAAAUGCAUUUUUUCAAACAACUUAUACACGCUUUUUAUGAUUAUACCUAAUAUAAAAAUGUCUUUCAUUCUGUCUGUACAAAAAUUGAAAAUCAGCCUCUUUUUUUGUGCUUUAAGCUAACUUUGGUAUUGAGAAAGAAUACUCCCCAUUUAUUGUCUUCAUUACACUACAAAGUCGCAUCACAGCACUGUGGUCCACUCAGCAUUUCUGUAAAAGCAACAUGCAAUGAACUUUGGUCAGUGUGUAGUCUGGAUAAAUCAGAUGGCCUUUUCAUGUCUGUACAUGUAGCAUCACAGGCCGUAGAAUAUGACAUAUUUUGGAGUUCUGAGAGUUCUGAGGACUCAAUCUAAAUAUUCUUUUGUAGCAGCCAGAAGUUAAUCAUCGUACCAGCUGAAACAUGACUGUUAGACGAGGGUGAUUUUUUUAAAGUGGAACAACAAAACCAACCACAGAAACUUUUUGAAUUACAGUGGGUAAUUUGUAAAUAGCUUUAAUUUUGAAAAUCUGAAGUGUUUUUGAGUGUGAAACGUUGAGUAAAACUAUUUAUGACUGCUUUCAAUAAAAGAAAGAAGAAAAACAAGAAAGGAAUAGAAAUGGGCAGGAAGAUAUAUGUCAUCUGAAAACCGUAUUGUUUUCUAUUGUAUUACAAUAUCAAUGUGAAUAUCUCGAAUUCUGUUACAGUUCCUGCAACAUAUUAAACUUGUAAAUUAAUUGUUUGUCUAAUUAGCCAACUAACCACCCUAAUGGGGAGUUGUCCAUGUUUGAAGAACUGUGUAACUCAGUAACUGACUUGUUCUGAUGUUUAACUCAAUAGAAGUGAUUUGGAAGAGAGCAUGGUGUACGAGAUGGUGUCUGUUCUUUUGUGCAGCUCUAUAUGAUGUUUGUAAGACCAUGUUUGUAAGACAUGAAUAAAUUGCUGCUUUUGCCCAA